CAGGGGGGCAGUCCCUACAAAGAGGGAAUAGGUUAGAGAGAACAGUAGACAAGGAACGAGAGUAGAGAGAGAGAGACAGAGAGAGACAAACAGACAGACAGAGACAGAGACAAAGACUCAAAGAGAGUCUGCAUGCAGCAAGCCUGGGACAGCUUGGUACUGUAGAAACAGCCAGACGUUCAACUCUAGCACUAAUUUCCUCUCUGCUCCACAGCAAGCCCACCUGGUUCAGCUCAACACUGCAUCAUCAGAGCCAGCCCAUUCUCUACAUAUGGAGAGGGAACCGGCUUCUUUUCAGACACUCAGCAUCUAGGUCCUGAGGCAAGGGUACUGAAGCAGAGUCCUACAGAAUUUCUGGAAGAGGAAACGUUGCAGUAACAACUUAGAGUGUCUGUGUGAUUAUGGAUGACUCCAGCCGUCAGUCUGAGUAGAGCAUCAUCCUCCAUCAUGGUACAGCAAAGGGGACACAAAUACUUAGCAGUUAUGGACAGCGAUUUGAGCCAAGAGGUUUUCGUAGGACUGGGAGCAGAUGAAGGGGAGGAGGUUUUUGGACCGUCACCCUCCAACAAAGACCCCAACUGGUGCAAGACUCCCACGGGUCACAUCAAGCGGCCCAUGAAUGCAUUCAUGGUCUGGUCGCAAAUCGAGAGACGGAAGAUCAUGGAGCAGUGGCCAGAUAUGCAUAACGCAGAGAUCUCCAAACGCCUAGGCAAGCGCUGGAAACUCCUCCCCGACUACGAGAAGAUCCCCUUCAUCAAAGAAGCAGAGAGACUUCGGCUAAAGCACAUGGCUGACUACCCCGACUACAAGUACCGGCCCCGGAAGAAGAGCAAGAGCUCCAUGCCCGUGCGGGUCGGGGAAAAGGUCCCCCUGAAGACAGGCAAGUCCCACACGGGUGGUCGUGCAUCCGCUUCCGCUUCCGCAUCCUCCACAGCCUCCAGCAAAGGGCUCAAGGUCCGAACGCCUUCCUCCAAACACAGAGCCAGCUUCCACGGCAAUAAGUUCAAAGGUUACGACGAGGGCAUCAGCGAUGACGACACAGUGGAUGUAGAGAUGGCCAGUCAGGGAGCAAGCCAGCCAGGAGGGCAGAGGCCAGCCGUGGACGUCUUCCACCACCAGCAGGCUGCCAUGACCACUGGGCAGCAGCAACCUCAUCUCACAGCCCAGCUCAGAGUCAAAUUGCCCACCACCACCUCCCACCCGCCCACCUCCACCCUCCCUGUGGGCCUCUCCUCUGGGUCUCCUGUAACCCAGAGCCUCCCAGAGUCGUCCCCCAGGGUGUCCUCUUCAUCGGAGUCCCGUACGCCCCUCUCCUCCACCGGCCGCUCCUCCACCCCCACCUCCACCAGCUCCUCCUCAUUCGUGUCGUCGGCCUCCUCCGACGAGGAGCUGGAUGAGGAAAUCUUGCAUAUCAUCUCCAACGCCAACUUCGACAGCAUGCCUAUGGAUUGCGCCACUCUGGACAAAGACUUUGAUGCUGCGUUUCACACCAACUCAGGAUCCCACUUCGAUUUCCCUGACUACUGCACCCCAGAAGUGAAUGAGAUGAUAUCCGGGGACUUGCUGGUGCCCAGUAUCUCUGACCUGGUGUUCAAGAUCUACUGACCUUCAUUCAUAAAAGCCUGUGGUUUUUUGCUUAUAUUAUUUAUUUUUCCCCACCCUGAGCUUGGACACUUCCUUUUUGUGUUCUCUCAAUCAAGUCCGUAAGUGCUAUUGCUUUUCUUUUCCCAGUAUGCCACAUCCUGAUGGUCUGGUGUACAAACAGUGAAAUGUUUCUCACUCCAAGCCUUUUAUCAAAGUUUAAAUAUUCAGGCACCGAACAGGAGACCAGGUACAAACAGCAGAGCAGACUCUGAACAGAUAUGUUCCUAGUAGAGGGAUAAGAGUGCUUUCAACAGUAAACCUAUUCAGUAUUUAUUGUUUUCAGUAUUAACAGGAGCAUGGAGCAUUGCCAUGUCUUUCAUGUGCAUUUGUUGUAUAUGAAGCACCAUUACAGAUAUGUUCUGACAUAAUCAACCAAUGAAGGCAACAACUGCAGAUUCACAUUUUCAAAUUGACAAAGUAGCCUCAUUCCUGAUUUAUUCAUGUUAUCAACAAAUUAUCUCUAAAUAUCAAAGGGUAAAAAGGGAGAUCAUGUGAGGCAUAGAUAGUCCUUAUGUUUCAGCUAAUAGGAAUCUGCAGCACUUGUCAUCAGGCUUUUACAGUAGCAUCAGUUAAAGUAGAGGCUCUUGCCAAGAGAGAAAUCUGCUGCAGACAAGUGCCAAGGAGCCGGCCAUAAUUUAUUUAAUAAUCUGUAAUUAGAUAACAGCACUUUCAUCGCCUCGCUAAUACUGCAGACUCCAAGACAUGGAGUAUUACGUAAACACAAGCCUUGUGUGUGUGCCUGAUUCAUUCCAGACAGUUGAGGCUGACCGUAGCGGUGGUUUGGUGGUUAGAGUGUGGGGCUGAGUAGUGGAGGGGGAACAGGAAGGGAGAGAGGGGAAGUGAAAGAGGGGCCAGGGGGUCGGUGAUGGGGGGUGAGGAGAAGCUUUUCUUUCAGGGAGCUGUACAUCUGUCCGUGCAGGCAGCAGCCUUUGUGCCGGGGUCGGAGUAAGUGUGUAUGUGUGAGUGAGUGUGUGUGUGUGAGUGUGUGUGUGUGUGUGUGUGUGUGUGUGUUUGAGCUCUAUUGAGCAAGCGUCUGCCAGCCGGGGUAGUGGAGAGGGGGGUAGUGUAUUCAGGGGUAGAUGAGGACACGGCCAUCCACACACCCACCAGCUCAGUAAAAUGCAUGUCAUGUCUGCAGUCUGGCUGCAGCUGCCUGAUCAGGGCCGAUUCAGCGGUGAAUGGAGGAGAAUCUGUCUGCCAGCUGUCCCUCCAUUGACUCUCUCAGGGAUUGUUUUGUCUAGAGGUCCUUCUGCCCCUGCCUCAUUCAUCUGCCCUGAUCUGGGGAUGAGAUGCACGCCACCUCUCCUCUCCUCUUCUAUCUCUCUUUCAAACAACCGUCGGGGGAACGAGGUGACAGAGAGAGAGAGAGAGUGAGACGGACCCCCCCUUCUCUCUCCAUCCCAACAUGUGACCUUUCUUCUUUUUAUCCCUCUAUCCUCAUUAAUUACAUCGCCUGGCUUUGGCACUGUGGUGAAAAGGACCAGUGUUAUUUGCUUACUCUCCACCAGCAGCUGCCGAAGAGCCAGCCAGAAAGCAGCACCAAAACCCUUCCUGCAGUUCUUAUCUUAUAUAAACUGAUGCUAAUCCCUCGCCAGACCGACCUUGUCAGAGCCAGUCAGCAUCCUUUAACAGAGGCUGCCCCACGCGUUGCAGUGUGUCUCUGGAGCAGGCCAACGAGAGGCAGGAGACAGGGGAUAUGUGAUGGGACCAUGGGGGAUACAUUGGGAGUUUGUUUUCAGACCAAGAUGCACUGUUUAGGGUUGUGUCUUAAUGACUGUGUGGUAUAGGGAUCAUGACGAGAACAGGAUUGGGUUUUGUGUUGUGUUCCUCCUCAGUCCCUCCCCCCAGGAAACGCCUGAAGGAACCAAUGCUUGUUUAUGAGCGACAGUGUUUUCAGUUCCUUGUGAUGAGAGAACUGCACCAUAACCUUUACAGUACAAUGUCUUCAUUAGCAAAAAAACGAACAAAAAUAAAAUCAGGUAACUUGUUUCUGAACUGGAAGGUGGCUUCCUUCGUAGAUAUCAAUGGUAGGAGAAGAUAGAUGAAGGUUAAAAAAUAAAUAAAUAAAUAAAUAAAAAUAAAAAAAGAGAGAUGGUUCUACUACGAACAGAGGCCUUUAAGAAUCCAUACAACAACACUGAUUAAUUUUUUCUGUUACAUAUAAGUAGGAGUUCCUUUAAAAAUAUUGGAAGGAUACCAUUUGAACGGUAAAGAAUCCAGAAACAACAACAUCCAACCUCCAUCUAAAAGUGAACUGCAAUCGAGGUUUUAGACAUACUGCAUGUGUCCUAGUAUUAAAAAAGUGAUCGCCAGUAUUCUGUACUGUUAAUACACACUGAUAUUGGUUUACAUAGACAAAGUACGGCAAGCCAUUCCUGAACAAAUCAGUAUUCAGGGAUGAAACAGGUGAAAUUACAAAUACAGAUUCAGCAAAAAUGUCUUGGUUCACCAGUUGAAAGGGUAUUUCACCUCUUGAUUAUGUACAUGAUACAGUACAAUAUAUCCCAUGUUCUGUCUGGUUAUAAUAGUAUUACUCAACAAACCUACAGUACCGUACAGUGUAAUGGAACCAAUACUGAAUUCAACACCAGCAGCCUAAAACUGGACUCAGGACUAAGGUAACAGCUCACUGUGGAACUGAUCCUAUGAGUUUUAGUUUUAGUCAUUCUAUUGUGCUGUAUAUUAGAUCAUGCAUCUGAAAAAAAUAUGUACCAGCAAAAUUAUUUGAUACUGCUGAGUUAUACCUUUUCAAAGAUGUAAUGUUUGAACGUACAGUGUGUAUCAAUCAUUCAGGUGCAUUUAAGUGUAAAUAAAAUAUUUAUUUAAUUACAUAAAAAUGUUUUUAAAAAAGCAAAAGGUUGGAAAGGGACACCCUUGACAGAAACCUAACCAGCAUUUCCGAUUAUUUAUUUAAUACUUGUGUUUUUUAUUAGAAUACUUCUAGGCUCAUUUUAUUUUACUUUUUCAUAUUUUAGAAAGAGAGCUAGAAACCGGCCUAGACAACUCACAGAUGGGCUCCGGCAAAUUAGUGUCAGAGUGAUAAAUGCAAAAAGCUGUGGAGAAAUUAAGCUGGGUAAAAACACCCAUCUGGUGUGCACCUCCUACUCUGGGCCGGCCUUUGAUGAAUAGCAUUCCCUGAGACAGAAAUACAAGGACAAUGCAAAUUUCAUCGAGCCGUCGGCCUCCCUCUCCUACCACCUCACCCCACCCCCACCCACCCCUUCCCCCUCACAUCACAAGUGGGGCAUAGCAGCCCCCGCCAUACUGAGCAUGACUGUCUGACUGUCUGUCUCCAGCUACAGCGUCUUGCAUGUGGCUGCCACCACGGUGACCUGGGGCCCCCAGCAGGACCAGUCCAGGGCUAUAGGGGUCCACAGGGGCCACUCUCAACCUCAGGGUCCUAGUAGGACUUAACUUACCAUUCCUUUAAACCACACCGACCUGACAACACAACAGCAGCACUGGGAGACCCGGCUUGCUGCACACAGAAGUAGCCAAAAUAUGACCAUGAUGCCUCACAUACAAGUACAUAUUGUUUACAAGGUUUUACAGUAUUAUAGUCUGAGCUGAAUACAGAAUGUUUCCUCCGCUUUCAUCCUCGCAGCAAGGGUUAUUUUGAUUUGUUUACAAUGUCAAAUAUGAUUUGUAGUCUAUUCACCAGCACGUUUUGGUCUUAGUCGUGGCAAAUUGUAACAAAACCUAUUUCUGCGACAUGAAACAAGCUGAAUCUUGUUAAGCUGAAAAUAUGCUUGUGUUGAACUUUGAUUCCUCAACGUUAUUGUAAAACAGGGGAAAUGGGGAUGUUUAAAUAUAUUUUCAUGUGUUACAAAUGCAUUGCAUCCAGCAGUACACUCCAGAGUGUACUAGUCUGAACAAACUGUCUAAUCAAAUCUAUAAGGCUCACCCCUAUUAAUCCAUAUAUAGAUAUAUAUUGGCAUACAUUUUAAGAUCUGUGUUGAUAAAUGUAAUUGGUCGAUAAGUAGAACCAAAAUUCUUGACAUUGCAUUGAUAAUAGGUAUGCAUGUACAAAUAGUAAAUGUCUCUAACAAUGGGAGUAAUUGCACUUCGUAUAGCCUCCCAUGAAACACUUGUAUUGAAAACCAGGGGAAAAUGGUGGAAAAAGUCAUUUAGAAAAAUGCAUCACUAUGCUAACAAAACUUAAUGCUAAUAUUGUCGUAUUGGAACCCCCCUCUGCUGUGUAGACUGUCAUUCCUGCACUAUUCAUUAUGGAUUGGUGCAUAACAAACAUGAUGUGUUUCUAUCAAUCAGUCAUUUGCUGUAUUGCAAUUCCAUAAAGCUCAUUUAAUCUGUGUGCAAAAUGGUUCAACAGCUAACCAUCCCGUUCAUCUUGGUAUCGCGUUUGACCAAUAAUUAGCAUUGCUUUAUCAUGUAUAUGUAUGCUUUUUGUAGUGUGGUACAUUCAGCUGUUCUGACAGCGUGUGUGUGGAUAGAAAUCAAAGCACUUUGUUGUAAAUAUGUACGUAGAUCUGAGAGACGCCAUUUUUCAUUUUGGAUAGAGUUAUCAGUGUAAUGACACUCCAUCACUGAAUAAACUGUUACAGUCAA